AUGAUGUCUCACUUGUUGUCUCCUUUGCGGCGUUCAGUCGCGUUUUUCGCCUCGGACACCUCCGCAUGGGUCUCCACAAUAGGUCUAGAGGUACAUGCACAGCUGACUAGUGCUCGUUCGAAGCUCUUCUCUCCUGCUUGUUACUCAUUUACAGCACCACCAAAUACUCAAAUUGCUCCUCUUGAUGCUGCUCUCCCUGGCUCCAUGCCUCUACUAAAUCGUGCUUGUGUGGAAUGGGCUGUAGUAGCUGGACUAGCAUUGAACUGUCGCAUUAAUCCAACCUCAAGGUUUGACCGAAAGCACUACUUCUAUGCCGACUCCCCCGCCGGCUAUCAAAUCACUCAGCAUGCCUCUCCAAUUGCAGAAAGCGGGUGGCUGGAUUAUGUCUGGAAACCCUCCGACCAUGAGGCGCCACCCCAAGUUAGCAGAGCCACGAUUAAGCGAAUUCAACUGGAGCAAGAUACGGCCAAAAGUCUUCAUGACGAAGAAGGUGGCCGAAGUCUCAUCGACCUCAACAGAACCGGCGUUGGUCUUAUCGAAAUCGUCACGGAACCCGUCUUUUCUUGGGGCUGUCAGGCGGCCGCCUUCGUUGAAGAGUUAUCCUCCCUUCUCCGUCACCUUCGUGUUUGCUCAGCGAACAUGUCUGCAGGUGAACUGCGUGUCGACAUUAACGUCUCAAUUGGACCCUCGAAGUCUGAACAGGGGCCCAUUGUUGAAGUGAAGAACGUGAACAGUCUUCGCACCAUCCGUCAGGCCAUAGAUUUUGAAAUAGCACGACAAUGCGAGGUUGUGCAGUCUGGUGGAGUUGUUGUCAAUGAAACGCGUUCGUAUGAUGCAAACAACAAUAAAACCACGCCAAUGCGCGACAAGGAGGUGGUGCAGGAUUAUCGAUUUCACCCAGAGCCUGACCUUCCUCUUCUGCGGAUCCGUGAGUCGUGCGACUUGUGCCGUUCACUUGAGACGGUCGGCGAAAACGCAGUCAAGCAGUCGAGUGCAUCAGCGCUCGGAGCAAAGUGCGAGGGUUCCAGGGGUGUUUGUGUGGGCUGCGUUCGGGUCGCUUAUAGUCUCACUGGUGCUGAUAGUGACCUUGCGCUUCCGAAUAAGGUCCGUCAGGAGCUCGUCUUUGACCACGGUCUGCCUGUUGAGCGUGCGGCACUACUGAUUAAUGUUCAGCAGCUCAGAGAUCUCUACCAAUCUGCAUCCUCCCUCACAGUUUCGCAGCUUCUGGAUUUUCGGCAGGAUAUUCUGAUGCGCCAAAGUUUUCAAGAUGAUGACUUUAAUCGGCUAAUACGCAAUGAAGUCGCUUACUGGUGUUCCGGCAUUUUAUAUAGUUCUCUCCGAGAUAAGCCAAAAUUCUGUCUACCUUCCCCUACCCAAUUGUCCCAGUUUGUGAUCAUGAAUCUGACUGGCCAGAUUUUCGGCACUGGAUCAGAAGAGGUUCUUAACAGCAUGUGUUCUGUGGGCGAAUCCGCACAUCCCCUGGAAGUUGCUCGCCAACGGGGCGUGCUGCUUGUCAACAACCGGGAGGUCAUCCGCACAGUCUGCUGCGCCUUCGUUGAGGCGAAUUCGUCCCUGCGCGCCGCACAUGCCCUUGCCGACUCCGCGUCCAUUCCGCACUUGGACGAUGCGCUGCAUGCCAUGCUGCUCGAUUUCGUCGUCCAUUCUCGCGUAAACGUGGCCGGCCGCUCACGCAGCUCAAUCCUCUCUCUCGCUCUCUACCGCCAUGUCGCAGCUCGAUGCACUGACCUCGGCCAAUUUAAGAAGGCUGUUAACCUAACUCACGUUAGAAAGUACAUUCGCAAAGGCCGAAAAAAACGACACCUCCAGUCAAUGGUCAGUCGAAUUUUGAGGGACGAAAAUGCCAAUCUCCAUCCGUUUCUAGUGGAGUCGUGCAUCUCUGAUAUUCUCAGUUCAGAUGAUUAUCGGACAGAGGAUCAAUAA